UAUCUAAGAGAUGCUCGUGUCUCCUCACCGACAGGCAUCCUCAUACGUGCUGGAAGGGCAGUUCUAUGCAUGAAUCACCCAUCUACAUUUGCCCAUUUCUUGAUCUUAAUUAACCACUUUCUUGUUUCAACACUCCCAUCACUUGCUUGAAAAAUAUGAAAAUGGGAUCUAAAUUUAGCUUUCUUAUUGUUAAUGUUGUUCUUGUUGUGGCAAGCAUAAACAAGGGGGUUAACUGUAUGAAUGUCAGCAGCAGCAAUGCCAAUCUUGAAGACUACACACAGUUCCUUCUAGCCAAUGGUGUGGCUCGAACACCACCAAUGGGAUGGAAUAGUUGGAAUCAUUUUCAAUGCAAUAUAGAUGAGAGGACUAUUAAGACUACUGCUGAUGCUCUUGUUUCAACUGGCUUGGCGGCACUUGGAUACAAAUAUGUUAACAUUGAUGAUUGUUGGGGAGAAGAGAAAAGAGACUGGAAGGGGAGUCUAAGGGCAAAAGCUUCUACCUUUCCUUCUGGUAUCAAGGCUCUAGCAGAUUAUGUUCAUUCAAAAGGCUUAAAACUUGGCAUAUAUUCUGAUGCAGGUUACAGAACCUGCAGCAAGAAAAUGCCAGGUUCUCUUGGACAUGAAGAGCAAGAUGCAAAAACCUUUGCUGAAUGGGGAGUUGAUUACUUGAAGUAUGAUAAUUGCUACCAUGACGGAUCCAAACCUCAGGAUAGGUAUGCUAGGAUGAGUUAUGCAUUGAGGAAGGUUGGGCGGCCGAUUCUUUACUCGUUAUGUGAAUGGGGACAAGAGUAUCCGGCGAAAUGGGCUGGUUUGUAUGGCAAUGCUUGGAGAACUACAGGGGAUAUUAAAGACACAUGGGAAAGUGUGAUAUCAAUCGCAGAUGAAAACAACAUUUGGGGUAGAUAUGCCGGACCUGGCAGAUGGAAUGAUCCUGACAUGUUAGAAGUAGGCAACGGAGGGAUGAGCUUAGAGGAGUACCGCUCUCAUUUUAGUAUUUGGGCUCUAAUGAAAGCUCCUCUACUCAUUGGAUGUGACGUCCAAUCUGCAAGCCAUGAAACUCUUAGAAUCCUGGGAAACAAGGAAGUUAUAGAUGUUAAUCAGGAUCCAUUGGGAGCUCAAGGCAGGAAAAUACGAGCAAAAGCUGGCCUAGAGAUUUGGGCAGGGUCGUUGUCGAGGAAGAGAGUUGCAGUAGUGCUAUGGAAUAGAAGUGGAUCUCGGGCCCCUAUAACCGUGGGAUGGAGGGAAAUUGGACUUUCUCCAUAUAAUCCUGUCAUUGUCAGAGACCUGUGGGCGCACUCAUUUGUUUCAAUGAGAAAACUUCAUGGAUUGACUGCGUAUGUUGCUUCCCAUGCCUGCAAGAUGUAUAUACUGACUCCAUCCUAGAGGAAGAUGGAAGCGGUGUUCGGUCUGCAAGCCAGGAAACCCUUAGAAAUCCUUGGAAACAUGAAAGAUCAAGAUCCUUCGGUAGUUAUUACCAGAAAAGAAGAACAUAAGGUAUUCUUUUCAGACAGUAAGAGAUAAGUUGAAAGAUAUGCUAAUAUAUUAUAUUUGUGAUAUAUAACUUGUAAAAUUAAGCUGAAACUAAAUUUGAGAAAGAAAGAGAAUAAAAAGUUGAAAGUAAUUGCUGUC